AUGGCCGAGCUGGAAAAGACACCAUCUCAAGCAGCACUAGCAGCCACCCCCGUACCUCCAUCUACAGAACCACCAGCAUCCCGUUCCAGUCGCCCUGGCUCCCAAAUAAACCUCGCUGCCCGCCAGUCAUCAACAUCUGCACCAUCGCGAGAUGCAACUGCAGAACCAUCCAAAAUAGCAUCUGAGCAACCUGUAUCAUCUGUAGAUGCUGCUCCCGCUGCUGGACCGACGAACGAAGCAAAUGCAGUUCCGUAUGGUGCUGUAUAUGACAGGGAUACCUUCUUCAAUGUCGCCAAUAAAGUACCGGAAACGGAAGCAUUGGCCCGCGCAAAGGCAUAUUUACAGCAGUCGGAUGGAAAGAAGGGUAGUAUCUUUGAGCAUUUGACGCAGACUGUUAUGAAGAUUUUGGAUCGUAGGCCAAGUAAUCCUGUUGAUGUCAUUGAAAACAUUUCCGCUGAAGUAAAGAGGUCCAAAUUCAGAGUAGAGAACCCUAAUGCACCAACGGCUUUACGAACUGCCACAGAUGAAUCGAAGGUUGUGGCAUUGGCUCAAGAAAAGUACGAGAUCUUUAAGCCAAAAGAGAAUGACUUGGAAGAAAAUCCCGAAGCCGGCGAGAUCCCAGACAUCAUGGACUUGGCCACACUAUGGGAAUGGUCGGGCUUCACCCUUGGGACCCAAACCGAUACCCAGACACUAGCCCUUUCAAUACGCUCCUUUGUAAACACUCGUCCUCUCAAGUCUGUACGAGUCUGGGGCAAGAUAUUCGGUACAUCCAAAAACUAUAUUAUUAUCGAGGGUGAACUCAAGGAAGGUGAACCUGAUGAGGAAGGUGAUCAGGCAAACCAGAUGUAUCGUGCUGAAUCUGGAGCUGCGUCACCAACAGAUGCGGAACAUGCUGAGUCUCCUGGUGCUGAAAAGGAUGACAAGUUCUUGGAGGGUACUGAUGAUGGUGAAUUCUUGCCAAAGCCGAAACAGAAAGUGGUACCGCCGCUUCGUAAGGAGGAACGUGUUGGUGUAAACAAUGGCGAAUCACUGAUGCACCGCAUGUUUCUUCAAAUAGCUGGUGGUCCUUGGACACGUUUACCGGAUGUAUCGCCCGAGAAAUUACAAGCAGCACGUAAAAUUCGUAAAUUCCUGACUGGAGACUUGAAGCGCAAGAUCGUAAGCUAUCCACCAUUCGAUGGCAGUGAAGCCCAAUAUCUUCGUUGUCAAAUUGCUCGUAUUUCUGCAGCUACUGUUGCCAGUCCUGCAGGAUACUAUACAGCAGAUCCAGAGGAAGCUGCUGAUGAAGAUCCAGAUCAUCCAACAACCAUCAUCAUCAACCCUGACUUUCCUGGAUCACCCAACUCUUCAUUACUUGAUCCAAACCAAUGGGUACAUCACGUCCCUUAUAUUCUUCCUCAAGGACGAACUACUUGGGCCAACCCAAAUCCACCAAAGGAAGAAGGUGAAGGUGGAGACGAGGAGAAUGCUGCUGAAGAACCAGAGCAGGAGCCAGUUGAACCUGAGAGUGGACCAGCCAUAUUGCGUAAUUUGGCUGACGAUGAGACAUUUGGAACGUACCCAGCCUGGUCAUCUCUAGCAACGUCACGUCUAGCACCAGCCCGUUUCCGCCCCGUGUGUCUACGAUCCGUCCGUUGGCCUGGUGCUCUAGUUGUAGCUCACUCUGACCGAUUCUGCUCUUUGUAUGUCGGCGAUGGUAUAAAAGCACUAUCACCAGGCGCAGAACUCUUUGCUGGACCAAGUCUUGGCCCCGUCCAAGCUGAAUGGACACCCAAGGAGGGAGAAGAAGCUGUUGAAGAAAAGAAGGAUCCCACUGUUGAAGAAGAAAAGGCCUUUGAAGAAGCUCAAGCUGAAAAGGAGGAGGAACAUGAAGAGGGGGAAGGUGAAGAGGGGGAUGCUGAAGAGGAAGCUUAG